GAUGCUUCGGUUUGGGACGUUUGCGUCGUUGUCCGCGAGGUUGCCUUGACCGAAACAAUAGUGCAUGUGGUGACCUCAAAGGCGCUGCAACUCGGAGCUAGUUCGGUGACUAAGCGGCCAGGCCUUUCCCAGUUUGAGGAUGGCGUGGAACUCACGCGACACGCACUUGCUUCUUGACUCCGCAGGGACUAGGCGGUAGUGAAUGUUGGGGACGACUGGAGCGAAGAGAAAGAGAUCGACACGAGAAGCGAGCAAACACCUUUACGCAACCCCGGUGGCGCCUAGCACGCGCCGACUCCCCGACCAUCCAUCCCACUCUCUCCGGCCGCCGCCCAAAGAAUUAGCACGUGGGCGUGAACCCUCCAGCGGGUAAACAGAGAUAUGGCCUAUUACAGCCCAGACGCAAUCUUGACGGAUGCGCAAAAGACGCCGGUUACCUUUGAAAUGGCUGUGCCCCAGCUGUUCUCCAUAAACAACGGGUCGGCGAUCCAGCAGGGUACCAAACUCGACCUCCCACUGUGGAUGGCAGAGAUGCUGGCAGUAUCGAGGCCCGCUGGUCCAGACUCCGCCCCGCUGGGUUCGCUGGACCUGCCACCUCCCUUGGGUCCAAGAGUGAUGAACGCGCUGCGAGCAGACCCCAAAUCGGUGGAUGUCAGAGCACAGGCGCAAUGGUUCUACGGCAUAGGAG